AUGACUUCCAACAUUGUAGAAUGUAUCAACUCUCGUCUUGUUGAGGCACGUGAGCUUCCAAUUUUAGAUUUUCUUGAACAAGUCAGAAUAUUAUUUGGUGUGUGGAACCGCAAAAACAGAGAUCGGUCUAGCUUUUUUGCUAAAAGCUCAUUGGGAGGUAAGUUUCAACAAAUUCUUCAAUUGAACGAGGCAAAGUCAUCACAUAUAAUGAUGUAUUAUAAUGAUACAUCUGAAAAUUAUAUGUAUCAUUUUGAUACAUCUGUUAAGGAAUCAACGAAUUACAUAUACAGUGUGUAUGAAGAAGAAAAAAAAUAUAUAGUUCAGUUGGAUAAUAGAUCAUGCAACUGUGGUAGAUUUCAGCUUGUCGAGAUACCAUGUGCACACACUAUUGUUGUUUUGAAAAGCAAAAAUGUAAAGAAAAUGAAGCUAUACUGUUCUGAUUACUACAAGAAGGAGACACUAGUCAAGACUUAUGAAAUGUCACUGUGUCCAAUGCCCGAUAAACGAGAUUGA